AUGCCCGCGACGAGGAGACGAUGGCACUUGCAUCUGCAGAUGUUCCCGGUGUUCGAGGCAAGUGACUUCCUGGGGGCCAGUGUCGCGUACGAGAAGGAGCUGCUGUUUCCUGAGCUCUCGUUAAGGGAGAUCAUCCUCCGCCUGCUUGAGGCUGAGAACCGGAAGGUCCUCCUGCUCCAGGACCCGGGCGAGAAGAUGCUGAGGCGGAUCAUCUCUGCCGAGGAUGUCUGGAGGCUUCUGAUUGGUCCGGAGAAGGCGGCGUCUUCACUACAGGAGGUGACGCUGUAG